AGCUCACAGGUUUUGACGUGACCACACAGGAAGAUGGACGAGCUGCAGGAUGUUCAGCUGACUGAGAUCAAGCCGCUGCUGACCAAUAAGAAUGCACGCAACUUCCAGGAUUUCGACUGCCAGGAGCAUGACAUUGAGACUCCACACGGUGUUCUCCAUGUGACCAUGAGAGGCGUUCCCAAGGGCAACCGGCCCGUCAUCCUCACCUACCACGACAUCGGCCUCAACCACAAGUCUUGCUUCAACACGCUGUUCAACUAUGAGGACAUGCAGGAGAUCACCCAGCACUUUGCGGUGGUCCAUGUCGACGCGCCCGGCCAGCAGGAGGGGGCUCCUCCCUUCCCCACCGGGUACCGCUACCCAACCAUGGACGAGCUGGCCGAAAUGCUCCCCUCUGUGAUGACUCAGCUGAAGGUCAACAGCGUGAUCGGCAUCGGCGUGGGGGCAGGAGCCUACAUCCUCACCCGUUUUGCGCUGAACAACCCCACCCUCGUGGAGGGACUGGUUCUGAUCAACGUUGACCCGUGCGCCGAGGGCUGGAUCGACUGGGCAGCUUCUAAGCUGUCUGGAUGGACCAGUAACUUGGUGGACAUCGUCAUGGCUCACCACUUCAGCACCGAUGAGCUGACAGACAAUCAGGAGUUGAUCCAGACCUACCGCCUCCACAUCGCCCAAGACAUCAACCAGGACAACCUGGCCCUGUUCUGUGGCUCCUACCAAUACCGUCGAGACCUGGAGAUCGAGAGGCCCAUCGUAGGUCUGAACGAGGACACGGUCAACACACUAACGUGCCCCGCUCUGCUGGUGGUGGGAGACACGUCACCAGCUGUGGAGGCUGUGGUGGAAUGCAAUUCCAGGUUAAAUCCCACCAAGACUACUUUGCUAAAGAUGGCGGAUUGUGGAGGCUUGCCACAAGUUGUGCAGCCAGGGAAGCUUGCUGAGGCAUUCAAGUACUUUGUUCAGGGCAUGGGCUACAUCCCCUACGUUCUCCUCAGUCACCUGAGCAACGAAUCAGUGCCGUCAGCAGGAAUGACCCGCCUGGCCCGCUCUCGCACCACCUCCUCCUCCAGCAUCACCUCCAUGGACAGCACCCGCAGCCGCAACAACCUAAACAGCCUGCUGGAGGCCAACGCCGGCGGGGUUCUGGACAGCCAGGCCGGGCCCCAGACCAUGGAGGUCUCAUGUUAAACCCCACUCCACCCUCCCCCCCCCUGCACUGUCACCUAGUAACCUAUGUGCCCUCUCCCCUUUCUUCUGUCUCUCAUCCUGCUCCUAAGCACCUCAAUGUCAGGGGAGGGGUGGCUUAUGUGAUUAGAAAGGAGGAUCUAAUAAAUAUAUUAACAGAUGCAUAUUAAAACAUAUAUGAAAUAUACUGUCAAAGUCACAUUCCUACCAGAAACCAUAACUACAUCCAGAUGUGUUGUAUAUUUCAGCGGUUAAAAAUCAUGCGACUGACCAAUUUUAAUUGUCUAACCUUGUAUUUAUUUUUUUUUCCAUUUUGCCUUUUUUUAAUUUUAUUUUCUAACCUCUCUUCACCCUUGAAAUCUUCCAUGUGUUUGAAAUAACUUUCUUUUCUUUUUUUUUUACUUUUAACACGUCGGCUCCAGAUUGUCGAGUCAUUGUAUCUUUUGUUACUGUUUCUUAAACACUCUACAGUGCAAAUCAGAAACACAAAGUAGAAAGAGAUAUCACUAAAUCUCCAGAUACUGCAGGAGGACUGCAGUGUGGAUGCCAGGUAACGGGAGGCAACUAACAGAACAAAGAAGCACUGCACUGUAGCACACCCUUAGUGAAGCCAAGUGAAAUCCACUUAGAGAGCUGCCUUUCAACAUUUUAUAUUCAGUUUUGUCACACAUAUAUAUGUAUAUAUAUAUGUGUAUAUAUAUAUAUAUAUGU